AGUCUACAAGGCGUCGUGUGGCAAAGAUGGCGUCGUAUUGACAUACAAAAGAGAGGCAAACGAGAAAUGCUACCGAAUUUCGCCUAAUAUUUAACUUUUAUCUUUUUAUAAUUUGACUGAGUUUCACUCUAAACUUUUAAUUAUGACUCCAAGAAAAAAGCCCACUACAAGCUCAGAAUCAACAUCAGGGAGUAGCAGUUCUUCAAGUUCUUCUAAUUCGUCUUCAUCCUCUGGAACUGAUUCAAGUUCUUCAGACUCUGAAAACUCUUCAGCAUCCCAAGGCAGUGCUGCAAAAAGUGGUGGUCGCUCAACAGAUUCUGACACCCGCAAAACUAAUGUUAAGAAGAAGGCAUCACAGAAUGCUGCCAGUACGUCAUCAAAUUCUAAUACCUCAUCUGCGCCAGUGGCAUCCAAAUCCAACUCCAAACCUGAAGCUCCCGGAACUUCAGCAACAGAUAAUGUCGAAAAUGCCAAAAAGGCCACUAAAACUAGAGCAGGGGCACAGAAAGCAAAUCAGGUUUAUACUUCAGAUGAUGAUGAUGUCCCAUCUAAAGCAGCAGCCAAACGUAAAGCCCCUGCUAAGCCUAAAGUUUCAGCUACUGUAACUCCUCAACAAAGACAAACAAAACCACCAGCCAAGUCUGCACAAACUAAAGCAAACGUGGGAAAGGCAAAUUCUACAGCAAAAAAUGCACCGCCUAAAGAUACGUCCACUGCUUCUAAAGCUAAUGCCAGCAAACAGGUAGACAAAAAAAACAAAAGUAUCUUUAGUCCAGAUAAUAGUAGUGAGAGUGAUGGUCCAUCCACUCCAUCAAAAACUGUGCCACCCAAGAGUUUGGCCAACAAGGUAUCUGCUGCCUUAAACCAGAAAGGAAAACAGAAGAAAGAGUCUGGUGGUGCCUCGGAUAAAUCUCCUGCAACUUCCGGUUCAUCUGGGUCAGGAUCAUCGUCAGGUUCUUCUAGUAGCUCCGAUAGUGAAUCAAGUGCGGAAUCUACUUCGGCUGCUAAUAAAACAACUCCUACAACACCUGUAAAGAAAGGGCCUGGCCGGCCACCAAAGAAAUCACCCGCCACUCCAGUUCGUUCCCAGGCACGAAAUGCAAAGAAUACUAAGCAAUCUACCCCACCAACACCAUCAAAUUCUAAUUCAAAUUCUAACUCGAAUUUGGGUCCAACUCCUGGAGGGGACUCAAUAAGAGCAGGGUCUGAAAGUGAAGCUGAUUUGUCUCAGUCUAACAAGUCAUCUCCUGAGAAGUCCAAAACAGAGGCUCCACCAAUAAGGAAAGUUACAAGAUCAGCAACAAACAAUGCUCGACGAAGUAAACAUUUAAUUGGGAAAUCAGCGUUAGGAAGUGAUUCAGAUUCAGAAACAGAGGGUAAAGCAGGAUUAUCAAAAACUCCAGGAAAGAAGAACACCAACACCAAAGCACCUCCGCGUAAAACAAAAGGAAAAGGAAUGGGCGUUCCACAUUCUGAAUGUGGUGCAAAAAUCAUACCUGAGGAGGAAAGGAAAUGCCCAUACGAAGGUUGUGAUUCUAAAGGUCAUCUCAGUGGAGAUUAUGAGAAACAUUACAUCAUAGAAGCUUGUCCAUUAUAUCAUAACAAGACACCUGAAGAGUGUAAAGCUGCCUAUACUGAAAGAGUGAAACGAAAUGAAGAAAGACAAAGACUUCUUGCUGCUAUUAUGGAGAGGAAAUCUCCCAAAACUCAUCAGUCUUUAGAUCAGCGCAAUUAUAUGUUGAAGGUAAAAGAAAUGAGGGACAAGGAUAAAAAACGCAAGAAACGGAAGAAUAGUAGUAGUGGUAGUGACUCUGGUAGUGGCAGUGGAAGUAGCAGCAGUAGUAGUGAAGAAGAGCCCGACGAAGAUUCGGGACAAAGAGAGCCAAAACUCAAAGGUGUUGCUCCUAUGUAUGAUAUACAACUCUUUCAGGAGGCUCAAGCUAUGACCAGCCAGAAACUUGAGGAAGAUUUGAAAAGUCUCCCAUUUACAAAGGGUACUAAGUAUAUUGAAAUGGGCAAGCAUGAAAUGGAGGUGUGGUAUCAAAGCCCUUAUCCUGAUGACUAUGCGCGCCUACCAAAAUUGUAUCUCUGUGAAUUUUGCCUCCGGUAUAUGAAGAGUUGUACAAUUCUCAAAAGGCAUGCUGUGAAGUGUGUGUGGAGACACCCACCAGGCAAAGAAGUGUACAGGAAAGACAAACUUUCUGUUUGGGAAGUUGAUGGAAAAAGGUACAAACUGUAUUGUCAAAACCUGUGCCUUCUUGCAAAAUUCUUCCUUGACCACAAAACAUUAUAUUAUGAUGUUGAACCAUUCCUCUUCUAUGUUAUGACUUUAAAUGAUGGAGAUGGAUGUCAUACUGUGGGCUACUUCAGUAAGGAGAAGAACUCGUUCCAGAAUUACAACGUGUCUUGCAUCCUGACGCUGCCGCCGUACCAGCGCCAAGGCUUCGGCCGCCUCCUCAUCGACUUCAGCUACCUGCUCACCCGGCAGGAGGGCAAGAUGGGCUCGCCCGAGAAGCCCCUCUCGGACCUGGGGCUCAUCUCGUACCGGUCGUACUGGAAGGACGUGCUGCUCGAGUACCUCUGCAACUUCGGCGGCAAGGAGCUCAUGGUGAAAGACAUCAGCCAGGAAAUGGCUAUCAACCCGAGCGACAUCGUGAGCACACUGCAAGCCAUGGGCAUGAUCAAGUACUGGAAGGGCAAGCACAUCAUCCUCAAGAAGCAGGACGUGCUUGAGGACUACCAGGAGCGGUCCAAGCGCCGCAGCCCGGUAUUCAAGGAGCUGGACCCCAAGUGCCUCCGGUGGAGCCCGUGGUUGGCGCCGAGCACCGCGGUCCCCGGGCCCGGGCCCGCCUGAUCCAGGCUCCCGGGGGCCCCGCCAUCUGGCGGGGACCCCCAGGCCAAGCAGGCGACCGCCGGCCCCAGCAGGGGCAAGGCGCCGCCCAGGCUUGGCCACCACGGCUACCUCGCCCUGGCCGCCGCCUCGAGCUCCGGCGUGGGGACCAGCGCGGGGUCCGCCGUCCCCGCCAAGGCCCCCGGCAAGCAGCGCGAUCGCCACGGCCCCCGCGGGGCGGGCGCGAGCGGCAGUGCGGGCGGCGGCGGCGCGGGCGCGGGGGCCGGCAGGGCGCACCGCUAGGGGCGGCCCGCGCAGUCGCCCUGUCUCAGCCCAUCGUGCCGCCGCGAGAGGACGCCGCGCUCGCGGCGGGACGAUGCCCUGACACCGCGCGAAUGUGCGGAGCCGACCCCCGGGGCCAUCAUGACCCCCGCGGUGGUGGCAGAGUUCAGGAGGAACCUGGCGCUGUGCGCGCGGGCCUGUCUCAACCGACUGGCCUCGCCGUGGUACCUGUGAUCUCAUGGGCCGCGGGGCCGCACCGUGGCGUGCCUCACGGCGUGCCCCAUGGCAUGCCUCUCGGCCUGCGCUCCAAGGCCGGACCCGGUGCACAAGCCUCUCACUCUCUGCGUCUCUUCCACUUUUCUCGCCCGUACCGAUGACGUUUGACAUUCAACGGAGCCGCAGUCGCGGUUUCUUUGGAUGUCGAGUGCAUUGUUGAGGAGGAUUGAAAUGUUUCGUACUUAUUUAUGUGAAAGAGUUCUGAUUUGUACCUGUUAUUGUCUUGUGCUUAGUCUAGUAUAAUGUAAAUAUGUACAUACAGAGGGAAAAGUUUAUCGUUUUAAUUUGUGUUGCCCGGUGAACUGUAAUUUGUAUUUUAAUUUAUGCGUGUGUGUAUGUGUGUUUUCUAGCGUGUACACAAUAUUUUAUGAGUUAUUUUUAAUUAUUAUAUUGUGAGUUUUGUGACUUAACGUUUCGAGGAAUUUUGUUGUUAGCCUAGGUUGUGUUCUGGCUCCAAUGAGACUUUUAGAAUAUUUUUUAAUUGUUUUAAUUGUAAAAGUGCAGAAAUUGUGGGCCUACUCAUAACAUCAUGUACACAAAUUUAGGUGGAGUGUUUUUUAACCUAAUUUUGGCGAUUUAUUUUGUGUGUUUGAUCAUGUCUACACAUGAUGAGGUCCUACAUGUUUUGACGUUGUCACUGCACGCUGUUUAACUUUUAAUCACUUUUGUGAAAAUACUUGUUUUUGAAACCAUUUUACCUUUUCGACAUAUGGCAUUUUACCUAAUCAAUUUUUAUAAAUGUAGAUGACUCCUUUCUGCGAUGUAGAUUAUUUGCGUCAUCGCUGGAUCACUUUCUACUCUUCAUAUCAGGCCAAGAGCAAUAAAAACUAGCAAAUAACCUGCUGGGAAGGUGUAGUGAUAGUGAAACCACUUGUGAUAUUACAGUUGUCUGUAUAGUGUUAAGAAUUUAUGAUUAGAUUAAUUUUUUUUACAGAAAAUGCUAUAUUAUAUAUAUACAUAUAUAUUGACUCUUGAGUCUACCGUUUCACGCCAACGUGUCUGUGUUGUAUGAAAUGAAUUUUGAAGUGAAAAUUUGAAUAAAAUGGAAUUAAUUAAG